UGAUUGUCAUUUUUGACAUGUCACUUCAGUUUCGCAAGCGAAGCUUCCUCUCUUGUCGUGUCAACAAAUCAGUUUAUGCUCCAAAUUCUUCUUAAAAAUCCGUUGAAUUCUCGUGUAAUUCGGCGAAUUAUUUGGAGAAUAUAUAAAAGUGUAACAGUGCAGUUUUCACACUCGAUCAGUGCAGGAGGGUGUAAUCCAAGAUGGCGCUUCCAUCUAACUACAAACAAAACGUUCCGCCGGCUGUCUCGUCGACACCGACUACGCAACGAUUGCGCCCCUCCGGAUCUGGCGGUGGGGAUAGCCGCAAGCAGGACAACUCCAGCCCGUUCAUGCACAGCCCUCACGGCAAUCCGGCAUUCACUCCGCAAAAGUUGGGCAAAUCGGCUGCGACGGCCGAGGCCAAGAUUAUCAAGCCCCCGAAGGCACCGGAAAAGCCGCUGAUGCCGUAUAUGCGGUACUCCCGAAAGGUUUGGGACUCGAUCAAGGUUUCGAAUUCGGAUUUGAAACUGUGGGAGGUGGGAAAGAUUAUCGGGCAACAGUGGCGUGAUUUGCCGGAAAGUGAGAAGGAGGAAUUCAUUACGGAGUAUGAGGCGGAGAAGCUGGAAUACGAAAAGAACUUGAAGGCGUACCAUAGCUCGCCGGCGUAUUUGGCUUAUUUGACGGCGAAGAACAAAUCAAAGCCUGGCGGGGAUGGUGAUGGGCAUGAGAAUACUCGGUCCAGUUCGAAGGGUGGCCAACAGGAUCGAAGGAUCGAUAUUCAACCGGCCGAGGACGAAGAUGACCAGGAUGACGGGUAUUCGUUCAAGCAUGUCGCUUAUGCCAGAUUCUCCCGAAAUCACCGUUUGAUCAAUGAGAUAUUUUCGGACGCGGUUGUCCCGGAUGUCCGUUCCGUUGUGACCACCCAGAGAAUGCACGUCCUCAAGAGACAAGUCCAAUCGUUGGCCAUGCAUCAGAUGAAGCUCCAGCAUGAACUGCAGUUGAUUGAAGAAAAGUUCGAUAACCGGAAGCGUAAAUUCGUGGAAUCCAGCGAGCAGUUCCAGGAUGAACUUAAAAAGCACUGCAAACCGGCAGUCGAUGAUGAGACGUUCCAAAAAAUGGUUGAACGACAAUAUGAGAUGUUGAAACGAGAACGUCUCCGAACAGUUGACGAUCCGUCGAAGCCAUCUACGUCCGGUGGACCACCCACGCCGAAACCGGACGAACAACCCGGUCAGAAUGUGGCAACCGUUGCUUCACCCGAAGCGCAGGCAGCCACUCAAGAGCCUCGUCCGGCACAGGAUGUUCCCGAAAAGGCGCCACAUGAGGCAGCAGCACCUCCAGCUACUGCUGCUGCGGCUGCUGUUGUUUCCAAGAAAGAGGAAAAAGUUGAGCAAGUUAAACCUGAUGAACCGGGUCAACAUGCCGCCAAGCAGCCGGAAAAGACUGCUCCUAAGGAAGCCCCAAUGGAGCAUCAGCAGCCCCCAGCGAUGGAGGCGGUACCACCGCCAGUUCAGGCACCAGCAGCUGUUGCCCCACCACCGGAACCAUACCGUGCCCCUCCAGCACAAGCGCCGGUCGUCCCGGAGCAGAAGCCUGAAAUUCCACCGCCAGUUGCGCCCAUUGCGCCUCCACCGGUGUCCGCUUCACCUACUCCUCCUCCGCCGCCGCAUCAUCAUGCUCCACCGGUUCCGACAUCGGCCCCGUCGGUUCCCUAUCCACCGAAUCAGCCACACAGCGCCGAAUCGCACGUUCCGCCACCGAACGUUACCGUUCCCCAUCACCAGGCACCUCCUCCGCCGCCACCAACUCAUCACAUGCCGCCGCACAUGCAACCUCAUCCGGGAAUGCCAUCGCACUCCGGCUAUCCAGGGUAUCCCCAUGCUGGUCCUCCACGGCCUUACUAUCUACCCAGCGGCUACGGAGCUCACCCGCAAUCAUACGGCCAAUACGGACACUAUCCUUAUCAUCAGCAGUACGCUCCUCCGCCACCUGGUCAGUACAUGCCGGGUCCACCACGUCCCGGUCAUGGCGGACCGAUGGGCCACUACGGAGCUGAUCCGCACGGUCAUGGCGGACCGAACAGCGAAGGACACCAUCCGCAUUCGCCGUAUGGACCGGGACCGACUCCGGGAGGUCCUCCGCCGCCUUCGGCUGGAGCUGGAGGCCCACCAGCACCGGGUGGACCCCCACCGGUCGGACCAGCCGCUGGAGGGCCCGGACACCCGGACGAAGCCGAAGUUCCGGAAAAGCCAGGUAAGCCGGAGAAGACCCCGGCCAAGAAGAAGAAAUCCAGCAAAAAGGAUGCCGAGAAGAAAGCGGCUCAUGAUGACUAAGAUAAGUAUAAAAAAAUUAUUCCUUGAUGAAAUGAUAACUUUCGAUUACGAUUGUUCAAUGUUCUGCUAUCUAACUAUAUCUACUAAAUAUUGCUUGAUUAAGAGCAUAAUCUCAAUGUGUAUUAUCUUGAUGAAUAAACAUUUAGCGGUAUGCGUACGCGCAAAA